UGGGACAGUCUGGACAGAGCGGACAAACAAACAAUGAAGGCUGUUGUGAUUAGCGAGCCCGGCGAGGCCGAAGUUCUUCAAUUGCAGGAGGUUGAGGACCCAAUAAUCAAGGAGGAUGAGGUUCUGAUCAAGGUGGAAGCCACUGCCUUGAACCGGGCCGACACGAUACAGAGGAAAGGCUUCUAUCCCCCGCCUAAGGGUGCCAGUCCCUACCUCGGCCUCGAAUGCUCUGGGAUCAUCGAAGCUGUCGGCAAAAAAGUCUCCCGCUGGAAAAUCGGCGAUCAGGUAUGUGCUCUUCUUUCUGGAGGCGGAUAUGCUGAGAAAGUGGCUGUCCCAGCUGGGCAAGUACUUCCCAUUCCACCUGGUGUUUCCUUGAAGGAUGCUGCUAGUCUUCCGGAGGUGGCGUGCACCGUUUGGUCGACUGUGUUUAUGGCAAGUCGACUAUCGAGAGGAGAGACAUUGUUGGUUCAUGGAGGCUCAAGUGGAAUUGGUACUUUUUCCAUUCAGAUAGCUAAAUACCAAGGAGCGAGAGUAUUCAUUACUGCAGGUAGUGAAGAGAAAUUAGCUGUCUGCAAAGACCUUGGAGCAGAUGUUUGCAUCAAUUAUAAAACUGAAGAUUUUGUUGCACGAGUGAAAGAAGAAACAGAUGGAAAAGGUGUGGAUGUUAUUCUUGAUAGUAUUGGAGCUCCUUACUUUCAGCGGAAUCUUGAAAGCUUAAACUUAGAUGGUAGGCUUUUUAUUAUUGGAACCAUGGGGGGAGCAGUAACGCAGCUAGAUUUUCGCAGUUUGUUUGCGAAACGCCUCACUGUGCAGGCGGCUGGCUUGCGAAACCGAUCUCCUGAAAACAAAGCUGUCAUUGUAAGUGAAGUUGAGAAGAUAGUUUGGCCAGCCAUUGCAGGAGGCAAGGUGAAGCCUGUGAUCUUCAAGUAUCUUCCAUUGUCUGGUGCAGCAGAAGCUCACCAGCUAAUGGAGAGUAGCAAGCAUAUUGGAAAGAUACUACUAACACCAUGAUGCACAUGGAUCGUCAAUGGACCCAGGUGAAGACAUGAUUGCUGAUUAAGUUGUGGAUGAAGUUUAGUUUUAUCUGGUCGGGUUCUGGUUUUGUCGUAGGCCCUCCAAAUUUGGCAGUAAUAAAAUGUACUUUGUUAGUUACUUUUACUUCUCUUACCGGUCUUGUUUCCAAUGAUGGUACAAAUUUAAUUAGAAACGUUACCGCCCCAUUUGGAUUCAAGAAA